AUGAUGGCCGACACUCUUCGAGUAGUUGUCUGUGGAGAUGAUUCAGUGGGUAAGUCGUCAUUGAUCACUUCCCUAAUCAAGGAACAGUCGGUUUCAAGCGUGCUGACGAUCUUGCCACCCAUAACAAUCUCCAAAGCAGACUACACCAACAGCAUCGAAGGAGCUGACGCCAAAAAGAACCCUCGGAAGGGAGACAACACUCCAGCCAACAGGGUGAUUCUGCAACACAUUCCUAACAAGACGGUGGUGGUCGACACUACUUCCACAGAUAUCGUAUCACUCCAGAAGGAAUUGAAACGCGCAGACGUGAUUUGGCUCGUCUACUCCGACCACUACACCUACGAAAGAAUAUCGUUGCACUGGAUGCCCAUGUUCAGAUCGAUGGGAGUCAACUUACCGAUCAUCCUAUGUGCUAACAAGUCCGAUAUCAUCCCCAAGGGUACGUCCAUCAAAACCCUGAACUCUGACGAAUUUAUCCCAUUGAUAAACGAGUUCAAAGAAAUAGAAGCAUGUGUGCGGUGCAGCGCCAAGACCAACUAUAACGUGGUUGAGGCCUUCUAUUUGUGCCAACGAGCUAUUACCCACCCCAUAUCGCCUAUUUUCGACUCAAAAGAGGGCAAUUUGAAGCCAGCAGCUAUAGCAGCACUCAAAAGAGUAUUUUUCCUCUGUGACAAGGACCAAGACGGAUAUCUUGAUUACAAAGAGUUUUCUGAUCUUCAUGUCAAGUGCUUUGAACGGGAUUCAAGCUCAGAAGAAUUCGACAACAUUAUUUCGUCCAUAAAUGCUGUGAUAUUUCCGGAGGCCAAGGCCUCCAAGAAGAUCUCUGAAGAUGGAUUUAUUCUCCUCAACAAGAUGUACGCAGAGACUGGUCGCUAUGAGACCGUAUGGGGUAUAUUGCGGGCUUUCCAUUAUACGAAUUCGUUGUCGUUGAAUGACAGAUUUUUGUUCCCACAAUUGGACGUAAACCCCAAUUCAAGUGUUGAAUUGAGUCCUACAGGAUACAGAUUCUUGGUCGACUUGUUUUUGAAGUUUGACAAAGACAACGAUGGAGGGCUCAAUGAGGAGGAAUUAAACAAUUUAUUUAUUCCCACCCCAGGAAUCCCCAUGCUUUGGCAAGACUCACAAUUCCCAGCUUCGAUCGUGUGCAACGAAGAAGGCUACGUCACCUUGCAAGGAUGGUUGGCUCAGUGGAAUUUGACCACAUUUCUUGAGCACAAGACCACGCUCGAGUACUUGGCGUACCUUGGAUUUGAUGAUGGUGCAUCGAUCAAGGCCAUUAAAGUGACCAAGCCUCGAAAGAGAAGGCAAAAACAGAGUAAGUUCUAUCGCCAGGCUGUCAACGAUCGAAACAUCUUCAAUUGCUUUAUUUUAGGUGCACCCAAGGCGGGAAAAAGCUCUUUGUUGGAGCUGUUUCUUCGUGGAUCAUACAGCGACGUCUAUAACCCCACCAUCCGUCCCCGGUUGUGUGUGAAAGACAUCGAAUUAAGAGGUGGAAAGCAGUGCUAUUUGAUUCUAGAAGAGCUAGGCGAGCUUGAGCCAGCCAUCCUCAGCAACCAGCUGAGAUUGGAUCAAUGUGACGUUAUCUGCUACGCCUACGACUCCUCCGACCCCGAAUCCUUCCAGUACUUGGUUGACUUGAGAAACAAGCACUCGCACGCAUUGGAUGAGAUCCCAUCGAUAUUCGUUGCUUUGAAGGCAGAUCUCGACAAGCAGCAGCAACGUUCGGACGUGCAACCAGAGAACUACACCAGAGACCUCUUCCUCAACUCGCCUCUCCACAUCUCGUCUGCCUGGACCACGUCGCUCCAUGAGCUUUUUAUCCAGUUGGUCGAUGCUGCGAAAGCUCCCAGCACAGCCACCCCUGGUCUCGAGACAGAGCCCGAGUCCAACGAGAACGAGAACCUCAAGCACAUUGUAAUGGCCGGAGGGGCUCUUACCAUCAUGACGGCAGUAUCCAUCUGGAUAUGGAGAAGCUCGCUCCAGAGCUCACGAGCAUAA